CAUGCAGCUCAAGGCCCCCCCUUCACGCGACGCGCCAUGGCCGCCAACCCCAUCAUGUUCUUCGAUAUCGCCGCCGACAAUGAGCCGUUGGGGCGCAUCAUCUUCGAGCUGUUUGCAGACAAGCUUCCAAAGACAGCAGAAAACUUCCGUGCCCUGACCACUGGGGAGAAAGGAUUUGGUUACAAGGGGUCCUGCUUUCACAGGAUCAUUCCUGGAUUCAUGUGCCAGGGUGGUCACUUUACAUGUCAUAAUGGAACUGGAGGCAAAUCCAUCUAUGGUGAGAAGUUUCGUGAUGAGAACUUCAUCCUGAAGCACACAGGUGCUGGCAUUUUGUCUAUGGCAAAUGCUGGCCCCAACACAAAUGGAUCCCAGUUCUUCAUCUGCACAGCUAAGACUGAGUGGUUGGAUGGGAAGCAUGUUGUCUUUGGCUGCGUCAAAGACGGGAUGGAGGUGGUGAAGGCAAUGUCUAGCUAUGGAGCAAAAGACGGCAAAACAAAGAAGAAGAUCACCAUUACUAACCGUGGGCAGCUGUCAUAAAAUUCCUUUUUGUCUUAACCAACCAUUCCUUCUGUAGC